AUGGCUUCUUCUUUUUCCGACACCGCCUUGAGAUUGUUACUAUCCUGCGCUGAAGCUAUUGAAGAUGGGGAUCUGAAAAGCGCCGAUGCGUUCCUUCACAACAUCUUGAUUCUUGCUGAUGAGAGACCCUUCUGGUUUGGAAAUAAAAAGAGAGUGGUAGAAUACUUUGCGGACGCUCUGGUUCGCCGAGCCUACGGACUGCAUCCCGCGUCUUCCUACUUCACUUUCCCGGUGGAUCCUGCACCGUAUUAUCAUUAUAACAGCUACCAUAUUAAUGGCAUCAUAAAAAAAGUUAUCGAUGAUGCUUUGAUGGAAAAAGGGCGAUUGCACCUCAUUGAUUUCUCCAUCCCGUAUUACAGGUUUCAGAAUUCAGUUCUUCGUACACUACCGAACUUCUUCGGCUAUCCUCUACCCGUCCGUGUAAGUUACAUACUUCCACCAUUUCUGAAAGAAUAUGUAGAGUUCUCACGCCAAAUGGAGUUUUUGACUAAGGAUGCCGAGGAAGUUGAUGUAAAGUUGGAGGAUGAGUUGAAAGUGGUUUAUGGCAAUAGUUUGGCAGAAGUGGAUGAAUGUGAAAUAGAUUUCAAAAGAAGAAGAGAUGAUGAAAUGGUGGUGGUUUACUAUAAAUUUAAACUUGAUAAGUUGGGAAGAGAUGCAAAAGCAAUGGAGAGAGAGUUAGUAAGAUUGAAGGAGAUAAAUCCGACGAUUGUAAUCAUGCUAGACUUUUAUUCUAAUCAUACCCACUCCAAUUUCUUGACAUGUUUCAAGGAUUCACUUCAGUAUUCCUUGAAGACUCUUGAUUACUGGGAGGCGUUGGGCCAUAAUCUUGGUUGGAAGUAUGGGUGGGAGUGCAACAUAGAGGCAGGGGAAGGUAAUAAUAUAAUUAGGCGGCACCCAAGUUUGACAGAAUGGCAACAUCUCUUUUCAAUGGCUGGCUUUAGUCGAAUUCCAUUAAACCACAGGAAAGAUAAUCUUAGCUUUGAGGAUAAUCCUAGCUUUGCGGAUAAUAGUUUGUUAGAAAUAAUGGGGGAGGAAGAAGAGUGUUUGAUUUUAGGUUACAAGCAACGUCCAAUGUUUUUCUUAUCGGCAUGGAAACCCAAAGUUGAAGAUGGACACUUCGAUUCCAAUUCCACCAACCAUAAGUUUGGACAAGGUUUCAAUCCAAAUCCUCUGCCUCGUCAACCUCUUCAACCUUUUCCAGAGGGUUUGAAAUUGAAUCGAUUAGCUGCACUUGCCGAGAUACAUGACAUAUCAAAAUAUUUAUCUUGUAAAUACAAGCUUUCAUUGACUUUAACAUUGGCUUCUAAGGUCAACAAUAUGAAUGAAACUAUUUUGGAUCCAAACAAGAAACAAGUUUUUUUUAUCCAAGAUAAUUAUUGUUAUACGAAAGAUAUGACAUCUUAUUAUUUUAUGCUUGAUUCUAAAGACAAGAUUAGUGGCCGCCCCCUCAUUAUUGAGAAAGCAUUUGAAUCAAGGGACGGCUACCAUUUUGAACCAUCUCUUUCUAAGGUAGAAGACUACAGAGAUUCCACGUUACAGGGUUAUAACAUAGAUGUUGCUGUUGCCAUCUGUCUACAAAAUCGUCACACAAGUGAUGAAGUUUAUAUCGUAGCACUUUAUUGGCCUCCAACUGAGAGUGAAAUAUCAAAAUCUUUAACUCUUCAUAUCUUCGAUGACUUGAAACAUAUGAAGACAACGUUUGUAACAGUAAAAGUUCAAGGCCCCGAAUUUAAGUUCCAAGAAGAAUGCAUUUCAAGCACUCCUACAUCUUCAAAUACAGCAAUGCCUUUGGAAAUAGCUGAAAAUGCGCAUAUUGAGCAGGUUGUUGCAGAUCCUUUUAACACACUAGAAGGGCCUUAUAACAAGAUUAUUUUCAAUGAUGACUCUCAGAUUGUGGAAACAAAACGAAACAAACAGAGAAAGUCGUGGUCAAAGGUUUGGGUGGACUUUGAUAAGUUUGAAGAACAUGGAAAACAAGUAGCCAAAUGUAAACACUGCCUCAAGGUGUUUACAGGGUCAAGUAAGAGUGGAACCACACACUUGAAUAACCACUCGAAAGUAUGUCCUGGUAAGAAAAAACAAAAUCAAGAAAGCCAGUUGAUACUUCCAGUUGAUACUAAUGAUAGAAGCUCAACGUUUGAUCAAGAAAGGAGUCACUUGGAUCUUGUGAAAAUGGUUAUUAGGCAUCAGUAUCCAUUAGAUCUGGCUGGUCAAGAAGCCUUCAAGAAUUUUGUGAAAGGUUUGCAGCCAAUGUAUGAAUUUCAAUCAAGAGAUAAAUUGUUAUCUGACAUACAUCACAUCUAUAAUGAAGAGAGAGAGAAACUUCAGUUGUAUUUUGAUAAGCUUGCUUGCAAAUUAAAUUUGACAGUAAGUUUGUGGAAGAACAAUCAUGGAAAGACUGCAUAUUGUUGUUUGAUAGCACAUUUUAUUGAUGAUGGUUGGGAACUAAAGAUAAAGAUUCUUGGCUUGAGGAAAUUAGAGCAUGUACAUGACACAAAGGUCGUAGGUGGAAUUAUUGGGAGCUUUGUUUCGGAGUGGAAUAUAAGUAAGAAAGUAUGUUCCAUAACUGUGGAUAACUCUUUUCUGAAUGAUGGUAUGGUUCAUCAGAUAAGAGAAAAUUGUGUUAGCGAGCAGGGCUCCCUUUCUACAGCCCAUUGGUUCAUCAGUUUCACACUUCUUGAGGAUGGGUUUCGUGAGAUGGAUACCAUACUUUCAAAGUUAUGGAAAUCCAUUGAAUAUGUCACUGAAACAACGCAUGGAAAACUGAACUUUCAAGAAGCUGUAAAUCAAGUGAAGCUACAAGGUGGGAAAUCAUGGGACGAACUUUCUUUCAAGCUGGAAUCAGACUCUGACAUACUUGAUAGUGCCUUGAGAUCAAGAGAAAUAUUUUGUAAGCUGGAUCAAAUUGAUGACAAUUUUAUGCUAAACCUAUCAAAGGAGGAAUGGGAGAAGGCAGUAACUCUACAAAAUUGUUUCAAAUGUUUUGAUGAUAUCAAAGGAACUCAAUCCCUUACUGCAAAUUUGUACUUCCCGAAGCUCUGCAACAUGUAUGAGGAAUUUGGUCAACUAAAAAAGAGCAAUCAUCCGUUUGUUAUAUUGAUGAAGAGGAAAUUUGACAACUAUUGGAGCUUAUGUAAUGUGGCUUUCACUAUUGCGGCUGCUCUUGAUCCAAGGUUGAAGUUUAGAUCCUCAUGUAAUGAGACCUAUGAUCUUGAAAGUAUGAUGAAGCUGAUAAGAUUUCGUAAAGUUCUCAUGGAUGUUUACUCUGAGUAUGCUAAUGAAGCCAAAAAUCUGAGUGCAUCAUCUUCAGUCUUGGAUGAUUACAAUUCUUUAGCAGCACAGACCACAAAAGAUUGUAUUGUGAGCUACUUCAGUAAAUUUGCAUCUGCAAGCAAUGUUAAAGAGGUAGCUUCACAGAAGUCAGAGCUUGACUGUUACUUAGAAGAGACAUUGCUUCCCUCGGAUGCAGACAUACUUGGUUGGUGGCGUGUUAAUUCUGAAAGGUUCCCUACACUUGCAAAGAUGGCUCGUGAUUUCCUCGCAAUCCCAGUAUCAGUUUCCUCACCAUGUUCGAAUAUUAGUGCCAUGACCAUAAAUCCAGUCUACAGUAGCUUAGACCCUGAGAGCAUGGAAGCUCUGGUAUGCAGUCAAAAUUGGUUGGAAUCUACAAAAGAAAAUGAGGGAGAUCAUCAUGAGCCCAUGCAAAAUAUGGAUAAAAGGAAAAGAAAGAUGGAAGAGAAUGACACUUCUACUGUAAAAGUUUUCAAAAACCGGCCUCAUGAAAAAGCUAGUAGUAAUGGAGACAUUGCUAGUGAUUUCAACAAAAAUGAUGGUAGUCUAUCUUUUGACAAUUGGAUGGAGCCACAAUGUUCUCCUUCAGAGUCUGUUGGUGAAAAAGCAGAGAUCAUGGAAGCUUCGGUUUGCAAUCGAGAUAGGUUGGAAUCGUCAAUAGGAACAAAAUUUCUUGAUACAGAAACUAAUCAUGGAAGAAACAUUGCUGCCGCAAUUGAAAUUCCAAAUGAUGAACCAUCAUUCAACAGUAAUCAAUCGGAUCAAUUUCAAAGCUCAUCUUCCGAGUCUGAUGAUGAGACAACAUUGAGGGAGCAAGGGUCAUGGUGUAGAGAGGACGUUCGGACAUAUUUAGUCUCAAGCUUUACAAACAAGGAGAAAAAACGAUUAAAUAGAUGGAAAAGGUGUGAGUUGAGCGGAAAGAAAAUUGGACAAGACAAGGAAUUUCAAUUAAUGGGCGAGAACCUAACACCUUUACUCAUGGUGCCUCAUUGUGAUGAAACACUAAGAGAGUACUAUAUCGAUGAUUCGGUUGUUAAUACUUAUUUUAAAUUGCUUAAGAAGAGAUCCGACAAAUUUCAAAUGUAUACAUCAAACAUUAUUCGUUUGAUUCUCUAAUAGCUACUUGCUUAAUAGAAGGAUCCAAAUCAGAAGAUGAAGUAUUAGCCUGGUUUAAAGAUGAAAAGUUAAGAGGGGUCCAUAAAUUGUUUCUACCAAUGUGUUUAUCAGCACAUUGGGUUCUUUUCUGUGUAGAUACCAAAGAGAAGAAGAUUUCUUGGUUAGAUCCGAUACCAUCUUCUCGGAUGAUGUCUAUUAAUAGUGUCGAAAAACAAAAAAUAUUCCAGUGGUUCAUACUCUAUCUACUGCCACAAUUUGGUUAUAAUGAUGCAGAGAAAUGGCCAUUUGAAGUGCGUACUGAUAUUCCAAAGCAAGAAAACUCGAUUGAUUGCGGAGUAUUCGUGAUGAAAUAUGGUGAUUGCCUAAUGCAUGGUGAUUUCUUCCCUUUUACACAAAAAGAUAUGAUUCAUUUCCGACGUCAUAUCUUUCUUGAUAUAUACCGUGGAAGGUUACAUGGUAAAAGAUAGACAAAUUUGUCACUUGUUUUGGAGCUGAAAUUCAAUGGAUGUGUUUUUUUUCUGUAAUGUUUUUUUAUUGUUAGUUUUGUUAAAUCUGACCCUUUUAUGCACGUAUAGUGUUUUCGUCCUUAGAUUUAUACUUAAUUUCCAUCGCAAUUGAAAUAAUGUUGAGUUUUUGCACUUUAAUUUAGCUCAUGCUUAAACAA